CUGCUUCGCGGUAUGUGAUACAAAUUUUAUCUUCGCCCUGGUGGGGUCUGUGCCAACAUGUUCUGACGACGUCCAGGUGUCUACGCCUACGGUUUCGAGCGUCCCUCCGCUAUCCAGCAGCGUGCCAUCAAGCCCAUCAUUGCCGGUAGGUUUUCCCCGCACGGUCGCCCAUAACCUAUGAUGCUAACUAGAGCAUCCCAGGCCACGAUGUCAUUGCCCAGGCUCAGUCUGGUACCGGAAAGACUGCCACUUUCUCCAUCUCCGCUCUCCAGAAGAUCGACCAGGAGCUCAAGGCCUGCCAGGCUCUGAUUGUCGCUCCCACCCGUGAGUUGGCUCAGCAGAUCCAGAAGGUCGUUGUCGCCAUCGGUGACUUCAUGAACAUUGAGUGCCACGCCUGCAUUGGUGGUACCAACGUCCGUGAUGACAUGAACGCCCUCCGCGCCGGCCCCCAGGUCGUUGUCGGUACCCCCGGUCGUAUCCACGAUAUGAUUGAGCGCCGUGUCCUCAAGACCGACCAGAUGAAGCUCUUCAUCCUCGACGAGGCUGAUGAGAUGCUUUCUCGUGGUUUCACCGAGCAAAUCUACGACAUCUUCCAGCUCCUCCCCCAGUCUACCCAGGUCACCCUGCUGUCCGCUACCAUGCCCCAGGAUGUCCUUGAGGUCACCACCAAGUUCAUGCGUGACCCCAUCCGUAUCCUGGUCAAGAAGCAGGAGCUUACCCUCGAGGGUAUCAAGCAGUUCUACAUUGCUGUCGAGAAGGAGGAGUGGAAGCUCGACACCCUCUCCGAUCUCUACGAGACCGUCACCAUCACCCAGGCCGUCAUCUUCUGUAACACCCGCCGCAAGGUCGACUGGCUCACCGACAAGCUCACUGCCCGUGACUUCACCGUCUCUGCCAUGCACGGUGACAUGGAGCAGGGCCAGCGUGAUGUUAUCAUGAAGGAGUUCCGUUCCGGAUCUUCCCGUGUCCUGAUCGCCACUGACCUUCUGGCCCGUGGUAUCGAUGUCCAGCAGGUCUCCCUGGUCAUCAACUACGACCUUCCCGCCAACCGUGAGAACUACAUCCACCGUAUCGGUCGUGGUGGUCGUUUCGGUCGUAAGGGUGUUGCCAUCAACUUCGUCACCGCUGACGAUGUCCGCAUGAUGCGUGAGAUUGAGCAGUUCUACAGCACCCAGAUCGAGGAGAUGCCCAUGAACGUUGCUGGUAAGCCAGCCUUGGCCCAUACUUUAAUCAUCGUAGUGUUUAUACUGACUUCUGGUUCCAGACCUCAUCUAAACUCCCUAAUACCAUCACCUAACGUCCCUCGAUGCGGAUUACGAAUGCAGUUGCCAAUAACGCUCCAAGGGUGAGCUGCGGUGGGAAAGACGUUUUGACAUCGUUGCGCUUCUCUUGGUAAAGGAGAAUCCUUCAAAAAGUGGCUUU